AGAGACGAGGACGCAGGAAGAAGAAGAAGAAGAUGAGAAGAAUGCGAAAAGAAAGUUGCUAGAGGAUACAGGAAUGAUAUCGCAAGAUGUCUAUUUCGGGGCCAGUCAGCAGCUACUACGUGGACGCCAUCAUCGGCCAGGAAAGCGAGGAGGUCUUCCCCGGGGUUCAAUACCCGGGCUCCAGCGCCGCGGGGCCGUGUCCGCUGCCGGCGUCCGAGCACCCGCUGGCGGACUCCUUCCCGCCCUGCAGCUUCCCCGCCUCUUGGAGUCCGUUCGGCUCGCACUACCAGCCCUACUUACCGGCCACCGAGCCGCGGUACCACCGCUCCUGGCUGGAUUGCGGGCCCGCGCAGCGCGCUCCCGAUGCCGUCAAGCUGGAACCUCAGCUCCUUGGCGCCAAAAGCGCAGGACAACAACAACAACAACAACAACAACAACAACAACAACACCAGGACAGCAGCCCCUUCAUCCUGGAGUCCAGCUCCAGAUCCACGGCACUGGCGGCCGCUAUCGUCCCUUCUGCGGGCUUCCGGGGCAACGUGGAGGCUCGUGAGGGCGGCGAGGACAAAGAAGAUCAAAGCGACCCCUCGACCAACUGGCUGCACGCGCGCUCCUCCCGCAAGAAGAGGUGUCCGUACAGUAAGUACCAGACGCUGGAGCUGGAGAAGGAGUUCCUCUUCAACAUGUACUUGACCCGGGACCGCCGUCACGAGGUGGCUCGAGCGCUCAACCUGACCGAGAGACAAGUAAAGAUCUGGUUCCAGAACCGCAGGAUGAAGAUGAAGAAACAGAGCAAGGACCAGCCCAAGGACUAGAGUCGGCGCGUAGAGGGAAGGGACAAUAAGAUGCAUCACUACACAACAUGAGGACAAUAACGUGCAGCACAACUACACAACAUGAGGACAAGAAGGUGCAUCACCACUACACAACAGGAGGACGAGAAGGUGCAGCACUACACAACAUGAAGACAAGAAGGUGCAUCAUCACUACACAACAUGAGGACGAGAAGGUGCUUCACCACUACACAACAUGAGGACAAGAAGGUGCAUCACCACUACACAACAGGAGGAUGAGAAGGUGCAGCACUACACAACAUGAAGACAAGAAGGUGCAUCAUCACUACACAACAUGAGGACGAGAAGGUGCUUCACCACUACACAACAUGAGGACAAGAAGGUGCAUCACCACUACACAACAGGAGGACGAGAAGGUGCAGCACUACACAACAUGAAGACAAGAAGGUGCAUCAUCACUACACAACAUAAGGACGAGAAGGUGCUUCACCACUACACAACAUGAGGACAAGAAGGUGCAUCACCACUACACAAAAGGAGGACAAGAAGGUGCACCACUACACAACAUGAGGACAAGAUGGUGCAUCGCCACUACACAACAUGAGGACAAGAAGGUGCAUCACCACUACACAACAUGAGGACAAGAAGGUGCAUCACCACUACACAACAUGAGGACAAGAAGGUGCAUCACCACUACACAGCAGGAGGACAAGAAGGUGCACCACUACACAACAUGAGGACAAGAUGGUGCAUCACCACUACACAACAUGGAGACAAGAAGGUGCAUCACCACUACACAACAUGAGGAGAAAACGGUGCGCCACUACACAACAUGAGGACAAGAAGGUGCACCAUUACACAACACGAGGACAAGAUGGUGCACCACUACACAACAUGAGGACAAUAAGGUGCAUCACCACUACACAACAUGAGGACAAGAAGGUGCACCACUACACAACAUGAGGAAAAGAAGGUGCACCACUACACAACAUGAGGACAAGAUGGUGCACCACUACACAACAUGAGGACAAGAAGGUGCACCACUACACAACAUGAGGACAAGAAGGUGCACCACUACACAACAUGAGGACAAGAUGGUGCACCACUACACAACAUGAGGACAAGAUGGUGCAGCACCACUACACAAUAUGAGGACAAGAUGGUGCACCACUACACAACAUGAGGACAAUAAGGUGCAUCACCACUACACAACAUGAGGACAAGAAGGUGCACCACUACACAACAUGAGGACAAGAUGGUGCACCACUACACAACAUGAGGACAAGAUGGUGCAUCACUACACAGCAUGAGGACAAGAAGGUGCAUCACUACACAGCAUGAGGACAAGAUGGUGCAGCACCACAACACAACAUGAGGACAAGAUGGUGGCGCACUAUACAACAUGAGGACAAUAUGCUGCAACACUUAACAACAUGACGACAAGAUGAUGCAGCCUUACACAACAUGAGAACAAGAUGGCAAAACAACUCUACACAACAUGAGGACAAGAUUGUGCAUCACCACAACAUAACAUGUGGACAAGAUGGCACAACAACACUACACAACAUGAGGACAAGAUGUUUCAGCACCACUACACAACAAGAGGACAAGAUUGUGCAUCACCACAACACAACAUGAUGACAAGAUGGUGCAUUAAAACUACACAACAUGAGGACAAGAUGGUGUAUCACUACACAACAUGAGGACAAGAGGGUGCACCACUGCACAACAUGAGGACAAGAUGGUGCAUCACUACACAACAUGAGGAGAAAAUGGUGAAGCAGCACUACACAACAUGAAGACAAGAUGGUGCAACACUACACAACAUGAGGACAAGAUGGUGCAUCACUACACAACAUGAGGACAAGAUGGUGCAACACUGCACAACAUGUGGAUAAGAUGGUGCAUCACUACACAACAUGAGGACACAACUGAACAUUCCUCACAAUAUCGACUUUAUUCUUCAGCACGACGGAGACAAAAGCGAUACGGCACACGUUGGUAUCACUCCCAUACCAACAACUACAUCAGGGCUAAUAUUGGCGAUACGGACAGCGAUACUUUUUACUUGACAUGAUUGAAUGAUUGUGUGACAUGCGACUGUUUAGAAGUCGUUAAAGGACGGCAGCAAGCACCACUUUGCUCACUCACAUCCUUCAAAGACUUCCUGUAUCAUACAAGGUGUUUUCCCACCUCACAAAACAACAUGGAACCUGCCGUUUCCUUGGUAACGCCUUUCAGAAGACCCCUAACUGUUUGCAGACCAUGCGCUGUGCUGAAGGCCCCGCGAUCUGUGGCGGCCCCGUUUAUUGUGAAGAAGUGCACGUAAAAUGUAAAAUGAAUGACACUAACGUAUGCCUAGACCAUUCCCGCUCCGUCCCUGAACAAAAACAAAAUAGAUUCGGCAUUUUCCUAGACAUUCCUUCUCCUAAGUAAAUGGUACUUUUGAUCAGGUUCAAUUUGUGAUUUUGCACUCAAAACUAUUGAAAACAAUAACUUCCGGACUAUAAUCUACUACUUUUUUUCCUACACUUUUUACCCAGCAGCUUAUAAAACAGUGCGGCUAAUGUAUGGAUUUUUCGUUGCUGACAUCCGUAAUACAAAUAGUAGAAAAACAAACAAACACUGGGUAGGUGGGUUAUUCUUUGUGGCGCCAUCUUUUGGACGAAACUUUCCAACCAAAAAUAAAACUGUCAUUCUGCCUUUCUAGCCGUCCAUAGCGUUUUUACCCCUAUGGAUUCCUCAUUCGUCACUCCGAGUUGAUUGCUUUAACGAAAACAAUUCUGACUUAAUAACUUUUGGCGUUAUUUCAGUUCCACAAAUUCAUUAGUUAGAUUAAUUAAAUAACCCUAACCCUAACCUAAUAAAGGUAGCAUUGUUAGCAUUAGCUAAUAUGCUAACAUGUUAACAAGUGUCAGUGUUAGUGUUGUAAAUGGCAUUCUUUUUGUGUUGUUUCAGUUUUCAUUCAUUUUUAAUUUUUUUAUGUUUUCAUUUAUUUUAGGCAUUGACAUUUAAUAAAAAUAAAGUAGAAGGUAGACAAUACAUAAUAAUAUAAAAUAAUAUAAUGCAAAAGAUAAUGUACAGUAUUAAAGCAUGAUUGUGCAGUUUUGCCUGAAAAGGAGUGGGAAGAAGAUAACUUAAAGUUUCACAAAUUCCUCGGUAUUUUCACCAAAACGUCAUUGUGGAGUUGUUAGCAUGUGCAGCUAGUGGGUCCAUGACCAACGACUUCUGUUUUGUCUGAUCAGCCGUUUUACUGCCCUAUUACAGACACCAUUUGGAAUCAAUUAAUGUAUGUAAAUAAACAUUUCUGUGUCAAUAAGUCAUUUCACAACAAAUAUAUUUGCGACUUAUAGUCUAGAGCAUGGGUGUCAAACUCUGGCCCGCGGGCCAAAUUUGGCCCACCAGGUAAUUUAAUUUGGCCCUUGAGGCAAUAUCAAAUUAACAUUAGAGCUGGCCCGCCGGUAUUGUAACACCGCAUUCACCGCUAAUACUCAUACUUACCAACCCUUCCGAUUUUCCCGGGAGACUCCCGAAUUUCAGUGCCCUUGCCGAAAAUCAUCCGGGGCAACAAUUCUCCCGAAUUUCUGUCGAUUUCCACCCAAACAACAUCAUUGGGGACGUGCCUUAAUGGCACUGCAUUCGACGCCCUCUACAAACUGUCGUCCCGUCCGCUUUUUCUCCAUACAAACAUUGUGUCGGCCCAGUCACAUACUAUAUGCGGACUUUACACACAAACAAGUGAAUGCAAGGCAUACUUGGUCAACCGCCAUACAAGUCACACUGAGGGUGGCCGUAUAAACAACUUUAACACUGUUACAAACACUGUGAACCCACACCAAACAAGAAUGACAACCACAUUUAGGGAGAAGAUCCGCACCGUAACCCAACAUAAACACAACAGAACAAAUACCCAGAACCCCUUGCAGCAAUAACUCUUCCGGGAUGCUGCAGUAUUUGAAAAUCGAUUUUGCAUGUCACUAAAAAGUUAUACAAGCCUUGCUCGUUCAAUAUUCAAUGCAAAAAUGGUUUGGGUCCCUAUAAAAGGUUAAUUUGUUCAACCUUGGCCCGCGGCUUUGUUCAGUCAAAAAUUUUGGCCCACUCUGUAUUUGAGUUUGACACCCCUGGUCUAGAGCGACUAAUAUAUGGAACAAAAAUGUCUUCCCAAUAAAUUUAGUGGGUGCGUCUCAUAUACCGGUGCACGCAAUAGUCCGGAACAUACGGUAAUCUGCUUCCAAUUAAUUAGUUUGUGUUUAAAACAUUCAUCACAUUCCAUUGAAGUUUGAUUUUUCACAUUUUUGUAAUAGGGUGGCUGGGGGUUUCUAAAAACAAAAUCUGCUUAUGGCCCCGAUUAAGCUUAGGGGCCUUGACAAUAUCAGCGACACCAAGUUUUUAUGCCAGUAAAUACGUGUACAUAUAUUAUUAUUAGAUUAGAGGAAAUAAUGUUUAUUUAGUACGCUUUAGCAGUAGAGGAAGGGCUAUAGUGUUAGGAUGAAAUGCUGCUAGCUUUGUUACCUUCUUGUUUUGUUUAUGGAAAUGAUCGAUGACUAGCGCUGCUCUGCUUGUUUUCCUAUUCGACCAUUUAAUCUGUCUUUUGUACAAUUGGUUAUGUCGAACUUUCACGCGUAGCAUGCAUAUAUUGAUGGCUGUUACCAUGGCAACACCGCCAGUAUUGAGGUGUGGAAGCUUUUAAAGGCAAACAGCAAAGUAUUUGCCUUUUAUUUCUUAAAAAAAAUAAUGAAAUAAUGCUCGAAUUAAAUUAGAAAAAAAAAAGAAGUUUUUUUUACUCUGGAAGUGAAAAUAGACUUUAAUAAAUGAGUGUCAAUGAAAUAAAAAUACAUGAAGUAUUGGAUGUGUAUGCCUUUUAUCGUUAUUAAAUUGGGCUUUUUUUAGGCUCAUUUUAUGUCGAAAUUUCACAGAAAAAUUAACGAUGCGUGAUUUCAUUUACAAAUGUGAUCAGGAGGUGAGAUUUUUAGUCCUCCACGGGGCUCAGAGGAGGGGCGAUCGUUAAUGCGUAUUUACCGUGGCAAUAGAGACGCGCUGAAACGUGCUCAUUAAUAAAAGCCGGUGUCUAUCUCUGGGCAGGACUUCCAUUAGCAUCAACAAGGUGGUGCGCCGUGAUAAAACACACGUCGUCUGUAUUUGUCUUAAUAAUGGCCGCUCCAGUGCGUCUUUCAAUGGACUCAACGACCGAAGCACAUAAAAAGACCGUUUCUACUGACUCGGACUUCUCUCCACUGCCGUGUAUUAUCGUGUACAUGUUUUUGUAAUUGUUGCUUUCUCUUCCCCUGCCAGUCAAAUCUUGCAUGCCGCUAUGACACACACUCGGAGCACAUAAAGUAUAGAGUAUUUACAGCAGUACAUGCUGGGUUUCUUUUUUUUUUUUUUGCACUGGUGCCGUGACCCGGAUAAGACUUAGAAUGAAGAGGGUAGGUGUAAAUUAACAAACCUCACUCCCUAACACCUUAGGACCUUGGAAACAGGGACUAGAUCAGGGAAGUUCUAAUGGUGCCGUGACCCGGAUGAGAGCGAGGUUUAAGAGUCUAACUUACGGCAGCCACACACUAAAAAAUACUGGGUUAUUGUUUUUCUGCCCAAAUGUUGGGUUGAGCCUGUUGGGUCAUAUUUCUGGGUUAUUUGUAAGAAGUUUUCGUGACCCGACCCAAGAAAAUAGUUUACCGUCUUUAUCGAUGCAGACUAAAUGCACCCAUCAAUAUUUUAAGACUUGUUUGCGGUAAGCGGUUCAAAGUGACUCAAUAUUGUCUUACGAUUGCUUAAAAAACAAUCUUCAUAAAUCAUAAUGAUAUCUGGACUACAAAGAGGUUGACUGGAAGCUUAAAACGAUGUGUUUUAAUACCGACCUCUGCCUAUUGGAGUCAUAAAUCAAUAUUAUGCAUGAAACAGGGACCAAAUCAGGGGGGUUCCACUGGUGCCGUGACCCGGAUGAGAGUUAAGAUGAAAAGGGUAGGCGUACAUUAAUAAACCUCACUCCCUGACACCUUAGGAGCUUGGACACAGGGACUAGAUCAGAGAAGUUCCACUAGUACUGUGACCCGGAUGAGAGUUAGGAUGAAGAGGGUAGGUGUACAUUAAUAAACCUCAAUCCCUGACACCUUAGGAGGUUGGAAACAGGGACUAAAACAGGGAGGUUCCACUGGUGCUGUGACCCAGAUGAGAGUUAGGAAUAAGAGGGUACGUGUAAAUUAACAAACCUCACUCCCUGAUACCUUAGGGGCUUGUAAACACAGCCUUGAUCAGUGAGGUUCUAAUGGUGCCGUGACCCGGAUAAAACUUAGAAUGAAGAAGGUAGGUGUAAAUUAACAAACCUCACUCCCUGACACCUUCUGAGCUUGAAAACAGGGACUAGAUCGGGGAGGUUUUAAUGGUGCCAUGACCCGGAUGAGAGCGAGGUUUAAGAGUGUAACUGACGCCAGCCACACACUAAAAAAAUGCUGGGUUAUUGUUUUUCUGCCCAAAUGCUGGGUUGAUCCUGUUGGGUAUUAUUUAUGGAUUAUUUGUAAGGAGUUUUUGUGACCUGACCCAAGGAAAUAGUUCACCGUCUUUAUCAAUGCAGACUAAAUGGACUUAACAAUAUUUUGAGACUUGUUUGCGGAAAGCAGUUCAAAGUCACUCAAUAUUGUCUUACGAUUGUUUAAAAAACAAUCUUCCUAAAUCAUAACGAUAUCUGGACUACAAAGAGGUUGGCUGAAAGCUUAAAACGAUGUGUUUUAAUACCGACCUAUGGAUAACAAAUCAUUAUUGUGCAUGAAAAAGGGACCAAAUCAGGAGGGUUCCACUGGUGCCGUGACCCGGAUGAAAGUUAAGAUGAAGAGGGUAGGUGUACAUUAAUAAACCUCAUUCCCUGACACCUUAGGAGCUUGGAAACAGGGACUAAAACAGGGAGGUUCCACUGGUGCUGUGACCCAGAUGAAAGUUAGGAUGAAGAGGGUAGGUGUAAAUUAACAAACCUCACUCCCUGACACCUUAGGAGCUUGAAAACACAGCCUUGAUCAGUGAGGUACUAAUGGUGCCGUGAAUCGGAUGAAAGUGAGGUUUAAGGGUCUAAGUCAGGGGUCGGGAACCUUUUUGGCUGAGGGAGCCAUGAAAGCCAAAUAUUUCAAAAUGUAUUUCUGGGAGAGCCAUAUCAUAUAUAUGAGACCAACAUUUUUAGAGCACAAUAAGUCUAUUUUCUUUUUAGUAACAUUUUUAUUCUAAAGCUAAACAAUAAUAAACAUAAUAAUUCUUACCAUUAAUGUGAGUUCUUGAACAGGUGUGAUAGAAAAUGGAUGGUUUGAUUAAAAUGCAUGAACAUUUUUUAUAAUUUGAACGUUAUUUUUAACACUGUGAUUACCAGCGGAAUUUUUCAUUACUUAUCUUGUUAAGCAAUGUCAGCUAACAUUUAUAUGAGAGCCAGGUGCAGUCAUCACAAGAGCCACAUCUGGCUCUAGAGUCAUAGGUUCCCUACCCCUGGUCUAAGUGAUGCCAGCCAGGCACUAAAAAAUGCUGGGUUAUUAUUGUUCUGCCCAAAUGCUGGAUUGAUCCUGUUGGGUCAUAUUUAUGGAUUAUUUGUAAGGAGUUUUUGUGACCCGACCCAAGGAAAAAGUUCAUCGUCUUUAUUGAUGCAAACUAAAUGGACUUAACAAUAUUUUAAGACUUGUUUGCGUUAAGCGGUUCAAAGUGACUCAAUAUUGUCUUACGAUUGCCUAAAAAACCAUCUUCAUAAAUCAUAACGAUAUCUGGACUACAAAGAGGUUGGCUGAAAGCUUAAAAACAACGUUUUUUAAUACCGACCUCUGCCUGUAAGAGUCAUAAAUCAUUAUUAUGCAUGGAAACAGGGACCAAAUCAUGGGGGUUGCACUGGUGCUAUGACCCGGAUGAGAGUUAAGAAGAAGAGGGUAGGCGUAUAUUAAUAAACCUCAUUAAAUGACACCUUAGGAGCUUGGACACAGGGACUAGAUCAGAGAGGUUCCACUGGUACUGUGACCCGGAUGAGAGUUAGGAUGAAGAGGGUAGGUGUACAUUAAUAAACCUCAAUCCCUGACACCUUAGGAGCUUGGAAACAGGGACUAGAUCAGGGAGCUUCUAAUGGUGCCGUGACCCUGAUGAGAGCGAGGUUUAAGAGUGUAACUGACGCCAGCCACAAACUAAAAAAUGCUGGGUUAUUAUUUUUCUGCCCAAAUGCUGGGUUGAGCCUGUUGGGUCAUAUUUAUGGGUUAUUUGUAAGGAGUUUUUGUGACCUGACCCAAGGAAAUAGUUUAUCGUCUUUAUUGAUGCAGACUAAAUGGACUUAACAAUAGUUUGAGACUUGUUUGCGGAAAGUGGUUCAAAGUCAUUCAAUAUUGUCUUACGAUUGUUUAAAAAACAAUCUUCAUAAAUCAUAACGAUAUCUGGACUACAAAGAGGUUGGCUGGAAGCUUAAAACGACGUGUUUCAAUACCGACCUCUGCCUAUUUGAGUCAUAAAUCAUUAUUAUGCAUGAAACAGGGACCAAAUCAGGGGGGUUCCACUGGUGCCGUGACCCGGAUGAGAGUUAGGAUGAAGAAGAUAGGCGUACAUUAAUAAAACUGACUCCCUGACACCUUAGAAGCUUGGACACAGGGACUAGAUCAGGGAGGUUCCACUAGUACUGUGACCCGGAUGAGAGUUAAGAUGAAGAGGGUAGGUGUACAUUAAUAAACCUCAAUCCCUAACACUUUAAGAGCUUGAAAACAGGGACUAGAUCAGGGAGGUUCUAAUGGUGCCGUGACCCGGAUGAGAACGAGGUUUAAGAGUGUAACUGACGCCAGCCAUACAGUAAAAAAUGCUGGGUUAUUGUUUUUCUGCCCAAAUGUUGGGUUGAGCCUGUUGGGUCAUAUUCAUGGGUUAUAUGUAAGGAGUUUUUGUGACUGGACCCAAGGAAAUAGUUCACCGUCUUUAUCGAUGCAGACUAAGUGCACUUAUCAAUAUAUUAAGACUUGUUUGCGAAAAGCGGUUCAAAGUGACUCAAUAUUGUCUUACAAUUGCUUAAAAACAAUCUUCAUAAAUCAUAACGAUAUCUGGACUACAAAGAGGUUGGCUGAAAGCUUAAAACGACGUGUUUUAAUACCGACCUCUGCCUAUUUGAGUCAUAAAUCAUUAUUAUGCAUAAAACAGGGACCAAAUCAGGGGGGUUCCACUGGUGUCGUGACCCGGAUGAGAGUUAGGAUGAAGGCGUACAUUAAUAAACCUCACUCCCUGACACCUUAGGAUCUUGGAAACAGGGACUAGAUCGGGGGGAUGCAAUGGUGCCGUGACCCAGAUGAGAGUUAGGAUUAAGACGGUAGAGGUACAUUAAUAAACCCCACUCCCUGAAACCUAAGUAGCUUGGAAACUGGGACUAAAUCAGGGGGGUUGAUAAAUGUGAUUUUUAAGGGGAUGAGUGUAGCAGAUGCCAGUCCAUGUGGCUGUACCAGUGUCCAUGUUAGUAAGACACCAGCGGAACAAAACAGGGACUAGAUCAGGGAGAUUUCAUUGGUGGCGUGACCCGAAUGAUAGUGAGGUUUAAGGGGGUGAUUCGAAAUGGGCGCCAGUGAGCAUAGCUGUGCCAGUGUGCAUGUCAGUAAACCUCUCUCGCUGACACCUUAAGUCUCUCAUUCUGCAGACUUAUGUUCGAGCCACCGACAAAACAGGGUCUCGAAAGGGGAGUUGCAUUGGUACCGUGACCCGGACGAAUAUGAGCUUUAAGGGACGGCGUGGCGCAGUGGAAGAGUGGCCGUGCGCAACCCGAGGGUCCCUGGUUCAAAUCCCACCUAGUACCAACCUCGUCACGUCCGUUGUGUCCUGAGCAAGACACUUCACUCUUUCUCCUGAUAGGUGCUGGUUGGCGCCUUGCAUGGCAGCUCCAUCCAUCAGUGUGUGAAUGUGUGUGUGAAUGGGUAAAUGUGGAAGUAGUGUCAAAGCGCUUUGAGUACCUUGAAGGUAGAAAAGCGCUAUACAAGUACAACCCAUUUAUCAUUUAUUUAAGGGUAUGAGUGUGAAAGACUUCAGUUUGUGUGGCUUUGACAGUGUGCAGAUUGGUAAACCUCAUUCUUGAUAUCUUAAACAUUAUUCCUGAAAUCUUAAAAUCUCAUGUGAAAAACUCAUGCUCAAUCCCCGGGCAGAACAGAAACAGAUCAAAAGACUCUUUGCGGAGUUACAUUACUCAGCAUUUGGAUUAAACAUAUAACCCAUCUUGCUGGGUUGAAUAAGCAGCCCAUCUUCCUGGGUUAAUUUACCCAGCAUUGGUUUGAUCCAAUAGUUACACAACUACCCUCUUUGGGUAAUUUACUAUACAGCAGUUUUUAGAGAAACCGAAACAGGGCCUGGACCAGGCAUGUCACAUUGGUGCCUUGACCCGGAUCUGACAGUGUGUUUUGUUUGUAGACCUCACUCGUUUGUUGACAUUUCGGGCUCUCAUUCGGCAGACCAAUGUACGAGCACCAGUGAACCAAAACAGGGACUCGAUCGGUGGGGAUCUCAUUGGUUGACGUGACCCGGAUGAGAGUGAGGUUUAGGGUUACCCCAACCCUAUUUUAAUUUGAUUAAUUAAUAUUAAACACAUUCAGUAAUUAAUUAUUAAAAACAAAAAGAACAUCCAAUAAUUUCAAAAGAAAAUAAUAGCAAUCAGCAACCAUAUUAUACAUUUGAUGAAUUACUAUUAAACACAUUAAACAAUGAAUUGAUCAAAACAAAGCAAACAUCCAAUCAUUUAAAAUAAAAAUAAUACAAAUUUGCCUACUUUUGGUUUUAAUUCCGGCAACCCCACACUGACCUCCCCUGAACAACAUUAAUAUAUAUAUAUAAAAUUGUAAAACUGUUUAUAAGUAUGUCGUUUAUUGCAUAUAUGUUAAUCUUGACAUAUUUAGGUCAUUUAACUGUAUAAAAUAGCAGUUUGUUGAGCUUAUUUUAAUUUGAAUAUUACGUUAAUUGAUUUUAUUGUAAAUAAACAUGAAAAUGACCAAUUUAUUUGGUAGAAUUAACCUAACAUUGCAGUUAAAAUGACUCAGCAUUUGAAUUGAAAUAUAACCCAUCUUGCUGGGUCUAAUAAGCAACCCAUCUUCCUGGGUUAAUUUACCCAGCAUUGGUUUGAUACAAUAGUUACACAACUACCCUCUCUGGGUAAUUUACUAUACAGCAGUUUUUAAAGAAACCGAAACAGGGCCUGGACCAGGCAUGGCACAUUGGUGCCGUGACCCGGAUCUGACAGUGUGUUUUGUUUGUAGACCUCACUCGUUUGUUGACAUUUUGGGCUCUCAUUCGGCGGACCCAUGACCGAGCCACCAGUGGAACCAAAACAUGGACUCGAUCGGGGGGGAUUUUAUUGGUUGCCGUGACCUGGAUGAGAGUGAGGUUUAUUAUUUUAAUUUGAUUAAUCAAUAUUAAACACAUUCAGCAAUUAAUUAUUCAAAACAAAAAGAACAUCCAAUAAUUUCAAAGGAAAAGAAUAGCAAUCAGCAACAAUAUUAUAAUUUGAUUAAUUACUAUUAAACACAUUAAACAAUGAAUUGAUCAAAACAAAGCAAACAUCCAAUCAUUUAAAGUAAAAAUAAUACCAAUUUGCCUACUUUUGGUUUUAAUUCCGGUAACCCCACACUGACCUCCCCUGAACAACAUUAAUAUAUAUAAAAAAAAUUGUAAAACUGUUUAAAAGUGUCGUUUAUUGCAUAUAUGUUAAUCUUGACAUAUUUAGGGCAUUUAACUGUAUAAAAGUGCAGUCUGUUGAGCAUAUUUUAAUUUGAAUUUUACUUUUUUGAUUUUAUUGUAAAUAAACAUGAAAAUUACCAAUUGAUUUGGUAGAAUUAACCCAACCUUGCAGUUAAAAUGACCCAGCAUUUGAAUUGAAAUACAACCCAUCUUGCUGGGUUAAUUCACCCAGAGUUGGUUUGAUCCAACAGUUACACAACAGUUGGGUUGAAAACUACCCUAUUUGGGUCAUUUUCAACGCAGCAGUUUUUAGAGAAACCAAAACAGGGCUUGGACCAGGCAUGUCACAUUGGUGCCGUGACCCGGCUCUGUCAGUGUGUUUUGUUUGUAGACAUCACUCGGUCGUUGACAUCCCUCAUUCGGCGGACCCAUGUUCGAGCCACCAGUGGAACCAAAACAGGGACUAAAUAGGGGGGAUUUCAUUGGUUGCCGUGACCCGGAUGAGAGUGAGGUUUAGGGUCACCCCAACCCUAUUUUAAUUUGAUUAAUUAAUAUUAAACACAUUCAGCAAUUAAUUAUUCAAAACAAAAAGAACAUCCAAUAAUUUCAAAAGAAAAGAAUAGCAAUCAGCUAUAUCAAAACGGUUCAUUAAUGCAGAGUAUUUGAACAUGAAGACUUGAGUGUAUAAAUGUGUGAUAGAAGCAUGUUGGUGUUUGGACUGUGAAAAGUGCACACUCAGCUAAACGGCAUGACCUUCCUUCAAGACGGUCGUUGUUGUAUUUUCUAUUUUCAUACACGCUGCGUACAAUAAACUAAUAUGCAAUCUGCAAUGCAAGUUCAGGAAAAGACUCGUUAGAAAACCGGAGAAAGUGCUGACUGUUGCAAAAAAGGGACACCUUUCCAAUUUGUGUAGGGAUGUUACUUUUGAUGAAAGUAGGUGUUGACACGCUCCCCGAUGUACUUAUUGAUCUGAGAGUUGAUGGAACAGAAGGUCGUCUUGUUGGAUCAUCCUAUUUAAAUGUGACACUUUUAUGGGUAAACAAGAGAAGUCCUAGUUCACAUUCUUUGUGCACACUACAAUACUCCCUUUUACAGUAUUUAUUUGGCUUUGACUGUACUGUACAUGCAUAUUAUUAACUCAUGAAUCAUAUAUUAUUCAUUACAAACCAAUAAACAAUAAGUCACACAUAACAUUUAAAACUAUUUAAAUUUGCAAUGUUAAAAAAAAUCCAGAUUAUAAUCUAAAUACAUUUCAAAGGAAGAAACGGCGUGUUUGUAUUAUUAAAUAUGAUUAAUAUGAAAAGACAAUUGUAAAUUUCUUUAUUAUUGUUGUACAUUUAUUUUUGGGUCUUUGUCAACCUUAAUAGAUAAUCUAAAAAAAUGUCAAUGUCACUAACAUGUAUCAUUCAAAAUAUACAUGAAAUAUACUGAUAACAAAUCAAAUACAAAUUAAAUUUGAACACUCCUUGUUUUAUAUACAUGUUUUGUAGAAAUGUAAACUAUUUAUCCUGACAUCGAAACUGCCUUUGUAUAUUUAUGAACUCAUCUUUUGUUUUGGCGGAAAUGACUUAAAUGUGGUGAAUUUCUCCUCUAAUUCCUCAUUUCAUGUUUUGGGGCCUUUGAAAAAUGAUACAUUUUGGGAAGUUUUGUGUUGAUCGAAACAAAGCAUUUCUUUAUUAUAUUUUGACCUUAUAUGGCAUGUUUGCACUUCCUGUCCAUAAGUUUGUGUAAAAAUAAAAGGGUUGCCUCUUCUCUUCAUAA